GUAUGCACGGUCAGACGCUGCAAGAUGCCUGUGCUGUCGGACGGGUUCUGCGAGAAUCAUGCAAACCGCAAACGGUGUAAGGAAGAUGGUUGUGGGAAUUUGGCACGCAAAGGCACUCGGGGCUUCUGCUGCCGCCACGCCACGAAGGAAUGUCUAGUGGACGGAUGCACCAAGAAAGCGCGGGUGCGAGGGCGCUGCUCGGUGCAUGGUGGAAAGCACUUGUGUCGCGAGGAAGGCUGCAAGAAGUCGGCGUACUUGCGAGGGCUCUGUAAAGCUCAUGGU